UAGUUUCGUAGCAGGUCGGACACUCUCGCCGCGACGCACAAACAAUGUCAAAGACAGUAAAGUUACCGUAGAACAAACUGAGAUAUUUUUUCAUCUUAAUAUCCCCUCCUUUUUCGUAAAAGACAGACUGACGCAGCACUUCGCUCGCUCUAUUAGGUGCGUUGUUUAUUGUUAUUUUUUAUAGAUCAGUUUUGCUUAACGUGGAGGCUCGUAGUGUGGUGGAACCCACUCGACGCGAUGCGCCUCACGCUGCAGAUGCUAAUCUCCCACGGCCGGGUGGCCAGGAGGAUCGGCUUGGGCCCGGAGUCCCGAAUCAACAUGCUCCGGAACAUCCUGACUGGACUGGUCCGGCAUGAGAGGAUAGAAACUACGAAGGUCAGAGCCGAUGAAGUCCGCUUCUACGCCGAGAAGCUGAUCGACUAUGCCAAGAAAGGAGACACAGAUGAAAAGGCGAUGAAAAUGGCCAGUUUUUGGCUCACGGAAAAGGAUCUCGUCCCAAAGCUCUUUAAAGUCCUCGCUCCACGUUUUGAAAACCAUUCAACUGGCUACACGCGGAUGGCCCGGAUCCCCAACAGAGAGAACCUGGACAGAGCCCAGAUGGCUGUGUUGGAGUACAAAGGCAACCCGUUUCCACCUCUUUAUCCUGUGAAGAAGGAGAAUGAACUGACUCUCAUCAACCAGCUCCUCAAAGGCUACAGAGAGGAGAGGGAGAGGGCAAGAGCGUUGGCUGCUGAAACCUAAAUACUCCCAUGUUUUUGUUUUUUCGUGUUGCAAAAAGAGCCUUAAUACAAGUCUUCACAUGACCAGUUUUAAAGCUCCAAUGUGAUCUGAAAACAAGAACUGAUCUGUAAAAUAAUAAAUCUGAUUGUGUGAUAAUAAAAGUUUUAUUUUCAAAACUAAA